GCGCUUUCAGCAUCUCGGGCGCGGCUGAGUCUCCGCAGACCAGAUCACUAAGAAGGGAUAUGGCCGCGACUCUGGGCAGCGGGGAGCGCUGGACAGAAGCUUACAUUGAUGCAGUUAGAAGAAACAAAUACCCAGAAGACAGACCUCCUGAAAGUCACGACCCCUGUGGUUGCUGUAAUUGCAUGAAGGCACAAAAGGAAAAGAAGUCUGAGAAUGAAUGGAAUCAGACCCGGCAGGGUGAGGGGAGUGCCACGUAUACUGAGGAGCAACUUCUUGGGGUACAAAGGAUCAAGAAAUGCAGAAAUUACUAUGAAAUUCUGGGAGUUUCUCAAAAUGCCAGUGAUGAGGAGCUUAAGAAAGCUUACCGAAAACUUGCCCUGAAAUUUCACCCUGACAAGAACUGUGCUCCUGGAGCAACAGAUGCUUUCAAAGCAAUAGGAAAUGCCUUUGCAGUCCUGAGCAAUCCUGACAAGAGACUCCGCUAUGAUGAAUAUGGAGAUGAGCAGGUGACUUUCACUGCCCCUGGAGCCAGACCUUAUAAUUAUUACAGGGACUUUGAAGCCGACAUCACUCCAGAAGAGCUAUUCAACGUCUUCUUUGGAGGACAUUUUCCCACAGGAAAUAUUCAUAUGUUUUCAAACGUCACAGACGAUUCCCACUAUUACCGCCGGCGGCACCGACAUGAGAGGACACAGACACAGAAGGCAGAGGAGGAAGAUAAGCCUCAGACUACGUAUUCUGCAUUUAUUCAGUUACUUCCAGUUCUUGUGAUUGUGAUUAUAUCUGUCAUUACUCAGCUGCUGGCUGCUAAUCCCCCAUAUAGUCUAUUCUAUAAAUCGGCCUUGGGCUACACCAUUUCUAGGGAAACCCAAAACCUGCAGGUGCCUUACUUUGUGGACAAAAACUUUGACAAGGCCUACAGAGGAGCCUCUCUGCGUGACCUGGAAAAGACGAUAGAGAAGGAUUACAUUGAUUACGUCCAGACGAGUUGUUGGAAGGAGAAACAACAAAAGUCGGAGUUGACAAAUUUGGCAGGAUUAUACAGAGACGAACGAUUGAAAGAGAAAGCAGAGUCGCUGAAACUUGAAAACUGUGAAAAACUCUCCAAGCUUAUCGGCCUACGCAGAGGUGGCUGACAGGAUGAUAGUCCUACACAGGGUUGGGGUUUUGCUACUGGUUCCUAUUGAUGUUCCUAAUUCCAUUUUAUAAUACAAAAUUAGGAAAUGAUGAACACUUUACAAUUUGCUAACUUUGGUGGGCGGAGUUGGAGGCACUGGAGCCUGGAGCCAGGCUUGUCAGCACAGACUCCUUCCGGGGGACCGGCCCCAGGGGCUAGGAACAGUUCAUCUAAAUUGAAUGAAAGGCAAAGCUUUUGAUUCAGCCCCCCUGCUCCGUGCCUGCCCGGCCUCGGCCUCGAGGAAUGUAAUUCAGGGCAUCCCAGAGCAGGUCCGUGUUUUCAUCCUUCUUGCCUUCUUCAGUUAAGUCUCAGUACCCAGUCAUCCCCAGGCGUAGCCAAAGCAGCUUAGCAUUAGCUGUUCACAGCAUGCACCGAGAAUGAUGCCUCCCUUCUCUGAGUCCUCGUCCUCCCCAGGAUUCAGGGGACCUGCUGCUACUCACCUUUCCAUUCUCUAAGGGCAAUCCGGAGAAAUGGAAACUGUUGUAGUCAGUAGUCUUUUAUUUGCCUAAUCUCUGUUCAGAGUUAACCAGCAUUAGCAAGCUGCCUGAUUUGAGCUUUUUAUUUCCCUAACCCUCUCGUAGAGGGUCCAGAAAUUAAAAGCUGUUGAGUGAAACAGUUCAGUGGACAACUCAGCAGCAGGAAGCAGGGACAGGGUGAAGAUUAAAUACAGCACUGAGUCUCAGCUUCUAAGUGCAUUCCCCGGUGCAUCAAAGAACCCAGAGAAUGUCCUUUUCUGUCAUUUCCCCUUGCAGCGUCACACUUGAGCUGAAUCCCUAUACCCCACAGAGGUACUGUGGUCAGACCGAAGAGGAGGCCCUGCCAGCCAACCGGGCUGUCUGCUCAAGCCUAGAGAGAGAGGGGAAAGACCCUCUUUCUGUGGCCAUGAGGGUCUGGUGUUGGCCCCAGCAGUCACUUUGUUUAACCCUGUGCCCUGUAGAGUAUGGUAGGAGAUGCUCUUUCAUAUAGUCAGCAUUUGCUGACUGCCUGGUGUUAAGCAGGGGCACUCAUGUACAUUUUCUUAACAACUCUGUGAAGUAGACGUUUGCCCCUGUUUCUGUGAGUGAAAACAUGGGCCCAGAUAAGGUGAAUGGUUGACCUGGGUCACACAAGUGGUACUGGCAUAACUAGAUAGUAGGCUGAUUAUCAAGUACAGGUGUGAGGCCAUCCCCAUUUCUCAGGUGAUUCUAACCAGAUUGGUAAAGAAGAAUCUUUCCCAAGGAUGUCCCUGUCCCCCAGACUCUUUGACCCUGUGUCCUUUUUAUGGCAGUCCUACAUUUACUCGGGACAUCUUCUCUAUUGGUCUUUAGAAAGCAAGAUCCUCUCUAUACUAAUUUUGUAUAUAAACAAGAGGUCUGUCAAAGACAGGCCACUGCUGACAAGGAAGAGGUAAGUUGUUACCUGGGCUCCGUGAUUCUGGGCCUUCCUGCAAAGAUGAACUGCCGCAAUUGAGCUGCACAGAUUAUCAUGAAUCUGAACCUGGAAGGAUCAGUAGGGGACUGUAGUCUACACUCCAUGUUUUCUUCUGAAUGGAAGAAAAGUUCCUAGUGGAAAGAGUCUACAUUAAAACUGAUUUCCAAAA